CACACCCUCCUUCAUCCCACCACCCACCAUGGCCGCCUCCACCCUGUCUGUCUGCUCCACUGACCUGAGCUACGGCAGCCGGGUCUGCCUGCCCAGGUCUUGGGGCUUCUGCACCAGCCCCUCCUGGCAGGGGGACGACUGCCCUGAGAGCUGCUGCGAGCCCCCUUGCUGCGCCCCCAGCUGCUGCCAGUCCAGUUGCUGUGCCCCAGCCCCCUGCCUGACCCUCGUCUGCACCCCUGUGAGCUGCAGGUGCAGCCCCUGCCAAUCAGCCUGCACCAGCUUGUGCACACCCUCCUGCUGCCAGCUAUCUAGCUGCCAGAGCUCCAGCUGCACCUCCUUCCCAUGCCAGGAGGCCUGCUGCCUGCCCGUCUGCUGUAAGCCUGUCUGUUGCAAGCCCGUGUGCUGUGUGCCCGUCUGCUCUGGGGCUGCCCCCUGCCUGGCGCCCCCGUGCUGCCAGACCACCCCCUGCCCCCCAUCCCACUGCAAAGCCUUCUCCUGUGUGUCCCCCACCUGCUGCCCCGUGUGCAGGCCCACCUGCUGCGUGCCCACCUCUCCCUGCUGUGCCCCCGCCUCCCCCUGCCAGCCCAGCUGCUGCUGCCCAGCGUCCUGCGUGUCCCUGCUCUGCCGCCCCGCGUGUGCCCGCCCCACCUGCUGCUAAUCAGCUUGAUCUUCUGCCUCUUGGGCUGCAUGCAUCUCUCAUCCUGCUCUCAGCAUCCUCUCUGUGGAGCCCUGGAGCCCCUCUACAGGCACCAGGACCUCUUCUCACGCACUGGUGGACACACAGUUCCUAACUCAGAUUUGAACAUGCCACCCAUUGCUUUCUGAGAGGAGAUGGCCCUGCAGUCCUCCAGGGGGGUGGGCUGCAGGCGCCGGGGAGCCCUGCUCUGCAGGGUUGCCUGCACGCAUUCAGUGUGACAAGGUCAA